UGAAAAAGUUAUCAACUGUUAGCAUUGACGUCCUGAAAGAUGAUAUUGCACAGGCUGUCAAACACAAGAACCCAAAUGUGAAGGAAGUUUCUUUGGCCGAAAAUGUCAUCUAUAACGGAUUUAACUACAGACUUGGAAUGAUCCUUGCUCGUGGAUCAAUCAGAGGGAUGCCUGCAUUCACGGAAAUCAUCCAGAUGGUGGUUCUCAAAAAGGAAUUGGUCUUCAUUGUUUGGAAACUAAGCUAUUGGUACAUGGAACACUACAGAGCCUAUCAACUCGAAAUCUCGCCUUCAAAGGAGAUUGAAGUUUUUGAGGCAUCUCAACUGACCGAUCCUUACCCCCUGGCAGACUACACAGUUGGGGCCAUGCGGCUUAUUACACUCAAGCGAUAUAUUCAAGGUUAAGAGGAUCUCCAAACAUGGCGGGCGUCACUCGGCUCCUGGUGAUUUUAGAAGAGGACAGUCGCAUCAAGCUGGAGCUUCCUAAUGGCAUCCCCUCCUCGGUUGACGAAGUCAUCCAAGAAAUAACGAAUUCCUGUGGUCUAACUAAUGAAAUACGGCUUCAAUACAAUGACCCUGAUUUCGGCACUUGGGUUAACUUAACUUCAACUUCAGAACUCAAGGAUCUUGCCACUUUGAAAGUUAUUAAUGUAGUACCCAGUGUGACUUUAUUCUUAGAGCCAGUGGAAUACUCUGUGGAUAAGGCUAAUUUUCAACGCCAAGAUGAUUCCAGUAUGUCUUCAUCUGCAUGCUCGGGUGACACAUUACCCGUAAGCAGCCCUUCUUCGGACACCUACAGAAAGGAGCAGUGGCCCAAGGUGUUCCUCAUCCCUACUUUCUCUCAUUCAACAGAAACACAACUUAGGGAUGGAAAUGCAGAGUACCAGAGAAGCCAGGUUAGACUCACUCCCAGCUCUAAAAUGCUUUCCAACAUACUGGAAACGCUCGCUGACAAAGUCUAUUCAUACAAAUCCUAUCCUAGCGAUGCAGACUUCAGUGAAGUGGCAGAGGCACUCACACAGACACACCCCUGUCUGAAAGAACCUGGGUCCUUCAACCACAGUUACGGAUGGAAACAGAGACUCAAGACGAAGAUGUACAACUAUCGCACAUACCUGAAAUCACACAGUUCAUCAUCUGACGAGCUGACUGUGAAUACUCUGAAAAGAAAGUUGCUGACGGAUGCCCACCCAGCAAAGAACAUAAAGAAACCUAGGCGAGCUGAGUCUAACCAUUACCCAUCUCUGCCUUUCAACGAGACACCAGAGUCCAUGGAGCAAGAGAGAGUGGCCCUCUUGUCUGAGGUAAAGAAAAGGAACAAUGUCCAAACAAUAAGACAGAAGAUGGCUCGGACGUUCGCAUUUCGGAGGCAAGAAAUUGUCGACAAGAAAACAUCUUUGCACGAAAUGAUCGAGAGAUGGCCAGCACUCUUCGAAGUUCAAGAGGUGAAUGAAGAAUUCAUCAGAGUAACCACAAUACCCCUUGAAGCAAGGUUCAUGCAGAAACUUGACGAGAAGUGCAGUGAACUAAUUCAAGUCGUCAGAAAGAAGGGUGGAGCUAUCCGGGAGAAGACAAAGCUCCUGCCAUUUGUGGAAACGGAUACUGACACCACUACAAAGAGGGAGAUUGCUCUCAAAUGUCUCAUCCUCAACAUGGGAGAAUCGGUGGAGGACCUGAUCAAAGAAUUCCUGGUGUCGGAGAAGGAUGAGGCUGGACAAAUUCUUCAGCGGGAAACCAUCGCAAUCUUCGUCAUCAGAGAUGCACAAGCCGCAACCGAAGACAUUGGCAUCAUUCUUGAGGGACAAGAGGUUGUGAAUAAGUUGGCGUCUGUUGCAAAUGCUGUCGCCAUUCUCCUGGACUUCCUUUAUGCUCUCAAUCUGGAAUAUCUCAAGACAUUAAAAUUGACAUUUGAAUAUAUCCAGAAAGUCUUCAUGGAGCUGGACCCGAAAGGCAUGGCCACCAAGGUCAAGAAGCUCUAUGACCAGCUCUACAACAGAGCUUAG